AUGGCUAAAAGGCUUAAAGUGACAGUCACAAUUUUAUCAAUUCUUUUUUUUAUAAUAUUUACUGGAAUUCAUACAAUUUUUACAGCAUUUAACAAAAGAGAUUGGUUAGAGUUAUAUACGAGUUGCUAUGGAACGGAUAAAGUAAAAUGGGAAUUACUUAUAAUUUUAACAAUUUUUAAUUUUUUAUUUUUAUUAGUAAAUGUAAAUUAUAAGGAGAAUAUAAGUAACCUAAAUAAUAAAAAAAGUCAAACAAGUGAUAUAAAUGAUGAUUUAAUAAACUUAGAUAUGAAUGAUUUUAGCAAUGAGAAGGAUGAAAGUAGCGAAGAAAAUGAAAAAGAAAAAAUAUAUAAUAAAUUGAAAAUAAGAUAUUUAUAUAAUAUAAGUAAUUCUUUUAUUUGUUAUUAUAGUAUGUGGAUAUUGUGUUAUUAUUUAAUAUAUUUUUUAUGUUUUUUAAGCUUUUUAUAUGGUAUUAGAAUAUUCAGUAAUAAUUUAAUUAAUAUAUAUACUGUGAAAACAUGUAAAAUUGAUAAAAUGGCUAAUUAUAUGUUAUCAGAGAGCACAUUUAUAAGUUUUUACUGGAGUAUUAUUAAUUUUAACGUAUUUUUGAGUAAAUAUACAGAUUCUUUUUACAUUUCAAAUUAUCUUAAAAUAAAUAUGAAAUUUAGUAAUAAAAAAAAAAAAAUAAUUUUUCUUCUUAAUUAUGCAUAUCAAGUAGUACUAUUGCUUUAUAGUGUAUAUAAAAAUAUUUUAUUAUUUACAAGAGGAGAAUAUAACUUGAGUCAAGUAAUAUGUUCUCUUAUUUUUCUUUGUCUAAUAUUAUACACUAUUUUAGAAAUUACUCAUGUAUUAGAAAUAAAUAAACCCUGUUAUAUAAGUGAACCAAAAUUACCUUUUCAUUAUAUAUGGGCGAUUAUCUGUUUGUUUACAAUUUUUAUAUCAUCAAUUAUGUUUUAUUUUUCUGUUUUUAGUUAUUAUAUAAAAGAUCAAUUUGUAAAUUUUCAAAUAGUAUUAUGGUUUUUUUUUAUAACAUUAACUUACAUAAAAAAACAUCAAUUAUUUAUUAAAGUUUGA